GGGCCAGUCACGAAGGUGCUAUCAGCGAGUAACGACCCGUUUCUGCCAACUCAUACAGGCAUCUCCCCGCACUAGGCCACUUAUAACCCUCGUCUGUCCCGGGUGUCUUGGUCUAAGUGAAGCGGGAACCACAUCUCGGCGCCCGAUCUUCAGGAACAAGAACAGAAAAAGAAGCAGCAAGUGUGACGGAAUCGCGCACUCAGGAGGAAUCUUCACAAUCACCCUCGUCAGAGAUUGGCCAGAAACUAAUCGGUGAAGCUAGAUCCCUGCGGAACUUUGCAUUAUUUGAGGGUAGUAUUGUGGGUGUCAGAAGUGUGGGUGCGCCUGGUGACAGCGGCAGCAAAAUCAAGAGGUUGGACUUCAAGGAGGUUGGGAAUCGACCCGCGCAACGGCCAAGAAAAAAAAGACAAUCCCACUGCCCAAACCAAGUAAUACGACACUCCCGUCAGUCAGCGCCUUCUCAAUCUCUCCCUCUCUCUUAAAUCAAACUUACCUGCAGGUUUCAUUCUUCCCGACUUCUUGGUUCCUUCUUCCCAUCUAAUCCAAGAAUCAUCACAUUCCAAGCUCUCAGUCCCUGCCAAUACCUCUGCACACUAACAGGCUAAGGUUGGCCAGCUCACACCGCGACCACUCAAUCACACCUCGACUACCUAUACUAUCAGCUUACCCUCCCUCUUCUUCUCAUUCCCCGCCAACCAUUAAUACCUCAUCCUACCGCUACAACAUUCCUCACUCUCGCAAUCUUUGGGGCGCCCACGAGGCUACGAAACAAGACAGGACCUCUCGAUAUCGCCAUUGACCGAACAAAAUUGGCAAUCGUGGGGAGAGCCGACUUACAUUCUCACUUCGCCGUCUUUCCGGCCUUGCGCAUUCCUGGCAAUUGACGACGCCGAGCAGCGGUUUCCGCCAGAAAAAAUGGCACGGCGCAAGCAGUCGGCCGCGGCCCCUCUGGUCGCCGGCCUUCUUCUCUUGGUGUCCGCCCCCACUCCGGUGUUUGCCCACCCUUAUCCUCUCCAGAAUGUCGCAAACAACCUGUUUUACAACUUGGGCGACCAUUUUAUGAAGCGCGAUUGCGUUCAACGUUGUGGAGCCGACUCUCAGUACUGCUGUGGAUCUGGAGAGCAGUGUUACACCGUUAACAACAUCGCUGGCUGCAGCACCGUGAGCGGAGGUGGAGGCUACGGCAUUUAUACCACGACAUGGACUGAGACGAACACCUUUACCAGCACAAUAUCGACAAACUGGCCUGCAGUGACAACAGGGGCAGCUGGGGGAGGCACCGGGGCCACCUGUGUUCCUCAGAGUACUGGAGAGACGGCCUGUGGCAGCAUUUGCUGCGCCGCCUACCAGUACUGUGCCUACUCAGGGCAAUGCGCUCAGCGCGAUGGCUGGGGCGGCGGUGUCACUACAAUUACAUCGGGAGGCCAUACAAUCACUACCCAGUACUCUGCUCCUUACCGCAUCACAAGCACCGGGGCCACCGGCACCGCCGCCUCGGCAACCAGCACCGGCACAGUCGUACCCAUCACCAACGAGGGUACUGGUGGAGGAUUGAGCGGCGGCGCCAUCGCCGGUAUUGUUAUUGGCACGCUUGCAGGUCUCGGUCUUCUCAUGCUUCUCUGCUUCUGUUGUAUCGCCCGCGGCCUGUGGGGUCUCAUCUUUGGCAAGAAGAAGAAGGAGCACAGCCACAGCCGCGAACGAGUCGAGGUGGUUGAGGAGAGAUACUCGCGUCACGGCAGCCGCAUGCCAUCUGCCCACUCUGGUCGCCCCUCGCACGGCGGCUGGUUCGCAGGUGGCGGUCGUCCCGCCCCAGCUGCUCGUCGCAAGGAAGAGAAGAAGGAAGGCGCCAAGUGGUUGGGCCUGGGAGCCGCCGCAGCGACCAUGUUGGCGCUCUUAAAUCUUAAGAAGGACAAGCCGAAGGCCAAGCCUCGGUCAAGCUACACCGACUCGUACUACUCGUACACGGGGACAAGUCCCAGUGAGUCUUCAUGGGAUUCUCGGGAUCGAUCGGAUCUGACGUCCUACCUAGGCAGCUCUAGCUCGGGUGGAAGAACUCACCGCACCGGCCACACACGCGGCACACACACGACGCGCCACUCACGGAGGUAGCACCCCAAGUUCAUUUGCGACCUCGGUCGAAUUGCAUAUGCUGUCGGCUGCCUUUUUUACAAGGCUGCGGAAGCCCCGAACAUGCUUUGAACGUACAUAAAUUGGUAUUAUUGCUUUCUAUUUUUCUUUUUGGCGUUAAGGGGGGAAAUCAUAAUCCCACCGGGCUUCUGAUAGCACGGUGAUGGAAACUACAAGGCACGAGAGACGAGACAUUCGGCGACGAAGAGGGAGGAAAUGAAAGACUGACGAGAGAUAUGAAAAUCGGGUGGAGAGAAGAAGAGGCUUGGAAAUGGCCACGAAGACUGUGGAUGCGAGGAGGGUCAUCUCUUUGGACAUUUGAGCGUUUCCUACUUCAUUUUCCUUGGUGUGGCCCACUUUGUCUACCCAUCCUCCAAAACCCGCAUAGCAUGUACGAUGUUCAGAACGAUUUGAUGGCAUAGACGAAACUUCUCGACGCCCUUAAUGCAUGGAAUGGAAACUAAAUUUUUCGAUUGGGCA